AUGCUCCAGAAGGUUCUACUACGACCCAUGACCAGCGUUCCAUGCGCACACGAAUCCACCAUUUCGUACCGAUUCCCAUCGUCGUCUGGGAGUCCAUCCCCUCCCCCCAUCGUACCAUCGUCGCCCGAUCUGGCGCAUCAAAACCAACCCGGGCCCUCCGACCCCUACCUCGCCCUCCCACCGCCUGAAGACGAGAUCCCUGACCUCGACGAACUGCCCUCCGAACAACCACCCUCGCCUCCACCUCACACGCCUGCCCCUACCAUGUCAGGGCAUCACCGCAUCACCCUCGCCGCCAACCCCCCCUACUUCGAUGGCGACAAGUCCAAAUACCUGGGCUUUGUGGACGCGUGCACCACUUACAUCGGUGCCUAUCAAUCGGAGUUCUCACAAGAUGAGACCAAAAUCCUCUUUGUCCUCUCCUACCUCCGUAACGAGAACGGCACGAGCUGCGCUGCCUCGAGAUGGGCGAUGAACUGGAAGCAGCACAACUUCGAUGGCUUCCAGGGACUGAAGGCAGGAGUCACAUCAAAGAACUUCCUGGAGGAGUUUCAGAGGGCGUUCGGGGACUCCAAUGCGGAACAAGUCGCCGCUGCUCGGCUUAUGGCCCUGCGCCAAAACAAACGGUCCUUCGCGGACUACAUCUCCGACUUUGAGAUGUUGGCCGCAGAUGCAGGCUACAAUGUGGUCGACACCACCGACGACAAAGGCGAAUACAAGAAGGGGGACCAGGAUAAUAUCCUCAUCGAGUUCCUGGAGCGCGGACUCAGCAGCGAGAUCGCCAGCCGUCUCUACAACACCGGUGUCCCUCUGCCCAAGGCCUAUGGAGCGUUCAAAGCCUGGUGCAUCAACAUCGAAGCCAAUGCUCUGCGUGACCAGCUGCGCAAAGCGUCGUAUGGGCACCCCACACAACGACCACCUCCCCAGUUCCGUCCCCAAACGGCACCAGUGGCGCCCACACCCGCUCCGGCCCGACCCGCUGCCAACGAACCGGUUCCGAUGGAAAUCGAUCGUACCCACGCCCGCGGCCGCAAUAUCAUCUGCUACAACUGUCAGCAGCCCGGGCACAUUGCGCGGAACUGCCCGGAGCCCAAGAAGAAGCGCACGUUCUUCAAUCGGGCCACAAUGCUGGAAGAAAUUGAGAACGGGGACAAGGACAACGAGUUCCUGAAGGAGAUUGCCGAGAAGCUGCGCGAGAAGGGUUUUUGA